CCUGGCCGCGGCGGCGCCGGUGAGGUGGCGGUGGGAGUGGCAAGCUUGCGGGCGUGGCGGAGCGAGAGGAGCUAUCGGGCGGCCGGAGUGCGACUGCUACUGCGGACUCGGAAAGAAGAAAUGAUGUAAACCAUUCACUAUCCAGACUUUAAGGUCAAGGUGAGAAGGAAGGUCAGGAGGAACAUGGCCUGGCCAAAUAUUUUUCAAAGAGGAGCUCUGCUCUCCCAGUUCAGCCAUCAUCAUGUGGUGGUGUUCCUGCUCACCUUCUUCAGUUACUCGUUGCUCCACGCGUCAAGAAAAACAUUUAGCAAUGUCAAAGUCAGUAUCUCUAAGCAGUGGACCCCAAGUGCUUUUAACAAGUCAAUUGAACUGCCGGUAGAGAUCUGGAGCAGCAACCAUUUGUUUCCCAGUGCAGAGGAAGCCACUCUUUUCCUCGGAACACUUGACACCAUCUUCCUCUUCUCCUAUGCUGUGGGCCUUUUCAUCAGUGGUAUCGUUGGGGAUCGGCUUAAUUUGCGAUGGGUUCUGUCUUUUGGCAUGUGCUCCUCUGCAUUAGUGGUGUUUGUCUUUGGCACUCUCACAGAAUGGCUGCAUUUCUACAACAAGGGGCUAUACUGUAGCCUGUGGAUCGUGAAUGGCCUGCUGCAGUCCACUGGUUGGCCCUGCGUCGUUGCUGUUAUGGGCAACUGGUUUGGGAAAGCUGGACGAGGAGUUGUUUUUGGUCUCUGGAGUGCCUGUGCCUCAGUGGGCAAUAUUUUGGGAGCAUGUCUAGCUUCUUCCGUUCUGCAGUAUGGUUAUGAGUAUGCCUUUCUGGUGACGGCGGCUGUGCAGUUUGCUGGUGGGAUCAUCAUCUUCUUUGGACUCUUGGUAUCACCCGAAGAAAUUGGUCUCCCAGGUAUUGAGGCCGAAGAAAAUUUUGAAGACGACUCACACAGGCCAUUGAUUAGUGGUGCUGAAAAUGAAGAUGAAGCUGAGCCUAAUUAUUCAAUCCAAGAAGACAAGACUAUUACCCAAGUCAAGGCGAUAAGCUUUUACCAGGCUUGUUGCCUUCCCGGAGUUAUAGCGUAUUCACUGGCCUACGCCUGCUUGAAGUUAGUGAAUUACUCCUUCUUCUUCUGGUUGCCCUUUUAUCUGAGUAAUAACUUCGGAUGGAAGGAGGCUGAAGCCGACAAGCUGUCCAUUUGGUACGAUGUUGGAGGAAUUAUAGGUGGAACUCUGCAAGGCUUCAUCUCUGAUGUGCUACAGAAGAGAGCCCCGGUGUUAGCUCUCAGUCUGCUUCUGGCCGUCGGCUCCCUCGUUGGAUAUAGUCGUUCUCCAAAUGAUAAGUCCAUCAAUGCGCUUCUGAUGGCUGUCACAGGAUUUUUUAUUGGUGGACCUUCUAAUAUGAUUAGCUCUGCUAUUUCUGCGGACCUGGGUCGUCAGGAGCUGAUCCAAGGCAGCACUGAGGCUUUGGCGACCGUCACAGGAAUAGUUGAUGGAACCGGGAGCAUUGGAGCUGCGGUAGGCCAGAUUCUUCCUGUCUGAAAAGAAGCUAACACCUCAUAAGACAGAUUCUCCAGUCCCAGCCCGCCACCCCUUUCUUCCAGCCUGAACUUGGCACUCCAAGGAGGCCAUGAGACACAUGCUUCUCAUUACCCCACACCUGACAUGCAGGCCCUACCUCUGUCCCCCUACCAGACACACACACGUACACACAUUCUUCCCAUGGAUCCCUGCCAGAAAUUGCCAUGGACUCUGCAGCUGCCCUGAGUCGCUUACUCUGCUUCCUACAACUGUGUCUCAAAAGGCGGUUCAUAAAUGUCUUAUGCCAGAAUCAUCUGGGGGUUCAUUAAAGUACUGAACACUAAGCUUACUGUAGACUUGCUGAGUGAGAGCCUGGGGAUCUGUAUUUCAGCAAGCCUUCCUGGCGAUUCUUACGCACUCUGAAGUUUGAGAUCUUCUGGGCUAAGAUUGGCCUACUCUAGGUAAUCAGAACUAUUCAAAUCGAUCCUUUUUGCUUACAUUCAGCUUCAGAAAGGCAUCCCUUCUCUGGGACAGUCAUGAGUCAUGCCUCGCCUAGGGUAUACUACUCUAGGUCAUUGCAGAAUGUGGAUUUUGCAAAAUGUGGAUUUGAGAAUCAACUGCAUGGAUAAAAUGGUUGAAACCGUGGAAGUGAUGUGAUGUUUAAUGGGGAAAGAAAAUAUAGGCAAACCCUCAGAGGAUGCCCAAUGGUCACAGAAACAGGAAGCCAGAAUUUGAGGAGGUGUGUUACUCAGAUCAUAGAGGUAGAGAGGUCAGGAGAAAGAGAAUGGAAGGAAAAAGGCUUGUAGUUUUGACAUUGAGGUCAUUAAAUGGCCUUGAAGAUUGCUGCUUAAUGGGAGUGGAUCAGUGGUAUCCGAUUGCUAGUGGUUAAUGCAAGAGCAAAUACUGAGGGAGAUAAACCAUCUUAGUGCUGGUCUCCACCCAGCCAUAUAUUACACAUUUAUUUGUUAAUGUCUGUGUCUCCCACUGUAAGGUGAGCUUCACGAGGGCAGCAUUUUAUUUGUUUUGUGUUCUACUGUAGCCCUGGUACCAGGAACGGUACCAGGAACGGUGCCUGGCACACAGUAGACAUUCAGAUAUUUGUGGAAUGAUUGUAGAAUGAGUGAUUUAUAGGAUCAGUGUGUUAGCAUAUUUGAUUCUGAGACUAAAGGAAAAACAAACUUAGCAAAGGUAGGAGAAAUUUGUCCUGGAGUAGGAACUAAAAAAAAUGCUAUUGGCCACCUGUUCAGAUGUCUUCAUAUAAGGGGUAUUGGGCAUCCUUUUCUGAAAUUACUGUAUUUUAAGUUUUCCUUCCCAACUAAUGUUUUCUUCAUUAAUCAAAUGGGUAGAUUGUAAUUAGCAUUUCAAGGAGUUUCUUUUUAUUUAGAAUGCCUGCCAGUGUUACGAUCCCUAUCUGUGAACAUGGGUCAGCAUUAGGUUGACUUUCAUGGUUUGGGAAGCAGGACCAGGACCAAAGCAUAGCUAGCUUUACUCAUUCCCCCGCCAUGUUGAUUUUUGAAUGAUUUUCUAUUGCUUGAGGUAUGAAUUCCAAACUCCAUGACUUAAUAGGGACUUAAUAAAGCCCUUAGAAGGAAACAUAGGGACGACGCCUCAUGACAGAUAUACACCAGUGGUCAGUAAGCACCUGAAAAGAUUCUCAGCAUCCUUAGGGAGAUGCAAAGCAAAAACAUGAGCUACCACUUGACACCUAAUGGCUGUAGUUAAAACAAAACAGAGUAACAGGUGUUGGUGAGGAUGUGGAGAAAUUCACAUACAGUGCUGGUGGGAAUGUAAAAUCGUGCAGCUACUGUAGAAAACACUAUGGUGGUUCCUCAAAAAGUUAAACAUAGAAUUACCAUAUGACCCAGCAAUUCCACUCCUAGGUAUGUUGUACCCCAAAGAAUUGAAAACAGAUUCAGAUAUUUGUUUGCCGAUGUUCACCACAGCGUUAUUCAUAGUAGCCAAAAGGUGGAAACAACUCAAGUGUCCGUUGAUAGAUGAAUGGAUAAACAAAAUGUGGUAUAUCUAUGCAAUGGGAUAUUAUUUAGCCAUAAAAAGGAAUGAAGUUCUGAUACAUGCUACAACAUGAAUGAACCUUAACAACAUUAUGCUAAGUGAAAUAAGCCAGACACAAAAAUAUUGUGUGAUUCUACUUAACAUGAAAUAUCUUGAAUGGUAAAUUCAUAGAGACAGAAAGCAGAUUAGAGUUUAUCAGGGGCUGAGGAGAGGGGCCAUGGAGAGUUCUUGCAGAGAGUUAACGGGUGCAGAGUUUCCGUUAGGGGUGAUGAAAAAUUUUGAAAAUAGGUAGUGGUGAUGGUUGUGCAACAUCAUGAAUGUAUUUGAUGCUGCUGAGUUGUACACUGAAAGAUGGUUAAAAUGGCAAGCUUUAUGUUACAUGUAUUUAUUUUUUAAAAGAGCGUGGGUUAAAAACUAUUGGAUACCUUUUAUUAAUUGAAAAUAAAAGAAUGUGCUGUAGAGUGUCAAAGUCAUACAGUAAUCCUAUGAGCAAAUAGUGUAAUUGAAAAAUGAGUGGUAUACUUAAAAGACAAACUUUUAAAAAAAAGUUUUAUUUAUUUAUUUAUUUAUUUGGCUGCAUCGGGUCUUAGUUGCAGCAUGCGAACUCUUAGUUGUGGCAUGUGGAAUCUAGUUCCCUGACCAGGGAUCGAACCCAGGCCCCCUACAUUGGGUGCGUGGAGUCUUAGCCACUGGACCACCAGGGAAGUUGCAGAGACGAACUAUUUUUAAAAGCAUCAAUUAUAGUACCAUUCACUGGAAGAAGGACUGAUUAAGUGGAAGUGACUUGAGGCUGUUCAUCAUCCUCUCUUAAUUUUUUUUUUAUAAAUUUAUUUAUUUUAUUUUAUUUAUUUUUGGCUGUGUUGGGUCUUCGUUGCUGCACACAGGCUUCCUCUAGUUGUGGCGAGUGGGGGCUACUCUUCGUUGCAGUGCAUGGGCUUCUCACUGAGGUGGCUUCUCUUGUUGUGGAGCAUGGGCUCUAGGUGCGCGGGCUCAGUAGUUGUGGCUCACGGGCUCUAGAGCGCAGGCUCAGUAGUUGUGGCACGUGGGCUUAGUUGCUCCAUGGCUUGUGGGAUCUUCCCGGACCAGGGCUCAAACCCGUGUCCCUUGCAUUGGCAGGUGGUUUCUUAACCACUGCGCCACCAGGGAAGUCCCCAUCAUCCUCUCUUAAUAGAAAAGUGAAAAAAAAUAUACCUCCUGAACUUGUGCCUUCUGUUACACAGAUUUUGGACUGUGCCAGCUUACCAAAUGAAGGGUGUCAAUAAAGCUUAAAUAGGAGCAUGUAUAUGCAAGAGCUCUGCAAACUGCAAAACAUUAUACAAAUCCUAACUCCUUUUUAUUUUCUAGAAGAGAUAUGUUUAAUCUACUUUUUUAAAAAAAAUUAUUUAUUUUAUUAUUUAUUAUUUUUGGCUGCAUUGGGUCUUCGUUGCUGCGCGUGGGCUUUCCCUAGUUGCGGUGAGCAGGGGCUACUCUUUGUUGCAGUAGUACUUUUUGAAGCACGGGCUUCUCAUCGCAGUGGCUUCUCCUGUUGUGGAGCAUGGGCUCCAGGCGCACGGGCUUCAGUAGUUGUGGCUCGUGGGCUCCAGAGCACAGACUCAGUAGUUGUGGCGCACGGGCCUAGUUGCUCUGCGGCAUGUGGGAUCUUCCCGGACCAGGGCUCAAACCCGCGUCCCCUGCAUUGGCAGGCGGAUUCUUAACCACUGCGCCACCAGGGAAGCCCUAAUCUACUUUUUAGCUACUUCAGUUUAUUAUUUUAUAAAGGAUUAUAUUGUGAUUUCUUUUUCU